GUCGAGUAGAAAGAAAUGAUUAAGUCGAUAUGGAAUAACCGUCGACAAAUUUCUAGAAUCGCAUUAAGAUCUUCUCUAUUAACUUUACAAAUUUGGUGCGGUGCAGAGAUAUUUAGAAUGUAUUUCGCAGAUAUACAGCUCAGCUAUGGCAUUUCUAUGAUACCAACUAUAGAAUCAUCCGGUGCAUGGCUUCUACACGAACCAAUAUCCGUAAAGAAAGGUCUCCAGAAUGAUGUAUUCGAUAAUACGACAGAAGAGGGCAAAACUGUAUUACAACAACUCAGAAAAGAGUAUGGAACUGGUAUACGACGUGGAGAUCUCGUCGUUGCAAUCACACCAGACCAACCUGAUAAGAGUAUCUGUAAACGCGUGGUUGGUUUCCCUGGCGAUAGGAUAUUGCGAGACCCUCUCUAUUUACAAAUGACGAAGCGUUUCCAGGAUAUCACUGAUGAUGAAGAGAGUCGGUACAUCCAAGUACCAAAGAAUCACGUCUGGUUGACAGGCGAUAACCUUACAAACUCACGUGAUAGUAGAAGCUACGGACCCGUCGCUCUACCGCUAUUAAAAGGCAAAGUAUUUGCAAAAUAUUCGGACAAUUUCUUGCCUGUUAAGAAUGGUGUAUUUGUACAGAUGUAAUGUAAUGAUUUAUUAAUUCCUACUUGAAAGGUAAUCUUCUAACUCUUUGUCGAGGUCGUCUGCAUUCACUUGUUGACGUCUUCUAUUGUCAUCUCUGUCUCUGCCUCUACCUCUGCCUCUGCCUCUAGAUCUGUCCCUUGGAGGUGAACGCUGCCUAUAGUCACCCCUGCUGAUACCAUCGAGCUCUGCGUCCAAAUCCGCCUUAUCAUUUUGCCAUCUGUCAGGACUAACCUCUCUCCUGCUUCUCUCGGGACGUGGAGGGGAGUCACCGAUCUUACCAGCCCUUCUACCGUGGCUGCUAUACCAUUGAGAGUUUUUGUACUGAGUUUUGCGCUUUACAUCUCCAAGUGUGGCUGGUCUGACGCGUAUCUGAACUGAAUCAUCUUUUGGUUCGAUUUUGCUGAGAGUAGAAGGUACAUUCCUGGCUGGAAGGAGGUCAAAAUAGUGAUCUUGUCCGUGUCUUGGUAGACCGGUUUCCGGUAUAUCGACUAGCAAACCCCUCCAACCUUGUCUGAAAUCUUGUGAUUCAUGCCAAACGAAAACACAACGGUGGUCAUCAAUCCAUUCCAUACCGUAGGGUGGUGGUUCAGAGAAUUCCGAUGCGUAAGCUAACAACUGUUGAGUUGACAGCUUGCCUAUGAUUUCACCAGUAAGGAAAAGAGCGUAUGGUCUGACGGUAGCGUCCGGUUUAACAUCUUUGGUAACAUUCUCCUCUGCAGAUUCCGGCUCUAUUGGAGUCUCAUCCACUGCUGCGCUCAUUGGGAUAUCAUCAGGUUGUACACCGCCGAAUUUGUCAAGUCGUCUCUGACGCGUUUGAUCGUCAACCUGUUGGAUUUUAUUAAAAGUUAAUAGAUUAUUGACUGUUUACUAAC